GGCGGGUCUGCGGUGCGGGAGCUUCAUCCUUAGCGCCUCGUCCCCAGCUGCCGUCGGAGCGGAGCGGAAGGGCGGCACCAACCCCCUGCCCUGCGCGGUCCCGGUACCUGCAGCGGCGCUGGAAUGCUUGCUGCUUUCCCUACGGGAUUAUAAACUUUAAUAUUCAGAAGAGUAAAACUGAAAGAUGCCAUCUGAGAGGUGCCUGAGUGUUCAGGAAAUGCUGACAGGUCAGAGGCUUUGUCAGUCCAGCUCCCAUAAUGAUGCUGUCCUGGCAGCUCUGAACCAACAAAGAAGUGAUGGCAUACUUUGUGAUAUCACCCUUAUUGCUGAAGAACAGAAAUUCCAUGCUCAUAAAGCAGUCCUGGCAGCCUGCAGUGACUACUUCAGAGCAAUGUUCAGUCUCUGCAUGGUUGAAAGUGAAGCUGAUGAGGUGAAUUUGCAUGGUGUCACAAGCCUUGGUUUAAAACAAGCCCUGGACUUUGCAUAUACUGGACAGAUCCUCUUAGAACCCGGGGUGAUACAGGAUGUCCUAGCAGCUGGGAGUCAUUUGCAGCUGCUGGAGCUUCUCAGUUUGUGUUCUCACUAUCUCAUUCAGGAAUUAAAUAGUUUUAAUUACUUGGACCUAUAUAAACUUGCGGACCUCUUCAACCUCACUUUGUUGGAGAACGCUGUGAUUGACUUCUUAGUAAAGCAUCUAUCUGAGUUACUGAAGAGUCAUCCUGAAGAAGUUCUGGCACUCCCAUACUGUCUCCUUCGAGAGGUUUUUAAAAGUGAUAGACUCACUUCACUCAGUGAAGAACAAAUCUGGCAGCUGGCUGUGAGGUGGUUGGAACACAACUGCCGCUACCAAUACAUGGAUGAACUCCUCCAGUACGUCCGCUUUGGCCUUAUGGAUGUGGAUACGCUGCAUACCGUGGCUCUUUCUCAUCCUCUUGUCCAAGCAAGUGAAACUGCGACAGCACUUAUUAACGAGGCCUUGGCUUACCACCAGAGCGUCUACGCACAGCCAGUUUGGCAAACCAGGAGGACAAAGCCUCGCUUCCAGUCAGACACUCUGUACAUUAUUGGUGGGAAAAAACGUGAAAUCUGCAAAGUGAAGGAACUGCGAUACUUCAACCCAGUAGAUCAAGAGAACGUUCACAUCGCAGGGAUGGCAAACUGGAGCGAGCUGGCGCCUAUGCCCGUGGGGAGGAGCCACCACUGUGUCGCUGUCAUGGGAGACUUUCUUUUCGUAGCUGGCGGAGAGGCAGAGCACUCCACAGGGAGGACCUGUGCGGUGAGAAGCGCCUGCCGGUACGACCCCCGCACUAACUCCUGGGCUGAGAUAGCUCCGAUGAAGAACUGCCGGGAGCACUUUGUGCUGGGAGCAGUGGACGAGUUCCUCUACGCGGUCGGGGGGAGGAAUGAGUUGCGUCAAGUGUUACCGACGGUGGAACGCUACUGCCCUAAGAAGAACAAGUGGACCUUUGUACAGUCGUUUGAUCGAUCGCUCUCGUGCCAUGCGGGAUAUGUGGUGGAUGGUCUUCUGUGGAUAUCAGGAGGAGUAACAAAUACUGCACAGUAUCAAAACAGACUCAUGGUUUAUGAUCCUAAGCAGAAUAAGUGGUUAAGCCGCAGCCCGAUGCUGCAGAGGAGAGUGUAUCACUCCAUGGCUGCUGUCCAAAGGAAACUUUACGUGUUAGGUGGGAAUGAUCUGGACUACAACAAUGAUCGGAUCCUCGUUCGGCACAUAGACUCUUACAGCAUAGAUGCUGACCAGUGGACACGUUGCAGCUUCAACAUGUUGACAGGUCAAAAUGAGUCUGGAGUUGCCGUCCACAAUGGUAGAAUAUAUUUAGUUGGCGGCUAUUCGAUUUGGACAAAUGAGCCUUUGGCAUGUAUCCAGGUGCUGGAUGUUAGCAAGGAAGGGAAAGAAGAAGUGUUCUAUGGGCCUACACUCCCCUUUGCUUCCAAUGGGAUAGCAGCCUGCUUUCUUCCAGCUCCUUAUUUCACGUGUCCCAACCUUCAGACUCUACAAGUGCCUCACCAUAGGAUCGGCACAAUGUGA